CAGAAUCAAGUUGCACGGUUGCCUGGACGACAAGAUCACCGCUCGCACUGUCGUUUUCGGCGGCGUUCACUUCAGCUUCUUUUUUUUUAUUGUGCGAGCUACCGUGCAGACGACGCCGUUCCGUACUUUCGCGCGAGCCGGCAAGGAUGUGCUGGUAACGCCGAGCCGUUGGACCAUACCCUUUGUUCCCGCGCCAGCAAAACCGACAACCUUCUCAAAUCUCACGACGCGAUGCGAGACCUGUGUCGGCGCUGGCAGGACGCCUCUGCCGCCGGUCUAGCAUCGUCGCACUGUCGGGUCUGCCUGUGCUGUCACCGUCGCCGUCGAGGUUUCGUUCACAGACAGCAUGGGGAGAGACUUAUUCCUGCACCUGAAGCCAAGAUUACAACAGCAAGUCGGAAGCGGUAUUUUUACUAUUGCCAUGCAGGGUGUCCAGGUGACAUCGUCACCGGCCAAGUCGUACACCAUCAAGGACAGGAUUGCCCAGAUCUACUAUAAGCAUGGCCUUUACUGCUCCAGCCACCCACUCACACUCAUCAUAUUUGCGAUCUUCACCUUCAUGCUGGCCUGCUACCCGUUGUUGCACAUCCCGCUACUGGGCAGCUCUUCACAGCAGUUUGCCACUCCGAUCUCAGUCUACAGCGCCGAGCUCGAUGCUGAUUCUCAGAGAAUUGGCCCUCGUUGGUUCCAGGGUCCACCCGUGGCAUAUGUGCAGCAGAUAGUGGUGAAAGCAGCUGUGUCACCAUGGCAACCAGAUCUCCUGCUUAUGGAUGCCUUCCGCUCCCCACUCGCCGAAUCUUUCCGCAUCACGGAGAUUGUGGGGAAUCACCAGUUCAUGGACAGCAAUGGAACAAAGCAUGCCCUUCAGGACGUGUGCCUUCAGGUGUCCGAGUCUACGGACAAAGUGGCUGCAGCCUCGCUCCCUCAGUAUGGCUGCCUUGUCCUGUCCCCUACGUAUGUCUGGAAGCAGGACUUCAAUAUCUUCCGGCACGACAGCCAACCUCUCAUGAGCAUCUUCAAUCAGAAAGAUGAGACUUCAAAUUCAUACUACUUGAGAGAGAUCCUCUUUGGUGUCCCCUGGAAAGAAACUGGCAUAAAGAAGUUCUGUGUGCGGAACAGGCAAAGGGUCAUUACUUUUGCUGUCACCAUUGUCCUGAAGAAGUGGGAGCCCAGUGUGGUGCACACCCUUGAGGACAAGCUGCACCAGGCGUAUCCGGGGCACUCUCACAACUCGUCGUCCAAGGACCGAGAGCAGGAAGAAAUUGUACACGUCCAUUUCCAGUACCAGCACACGCUGGCCGAAUUCGUGCCCCUGGGCACAAUUUAUGUCAUCUUGUUUCUCUACAUCUACUACUCCGUCCGCAAAAUAGAGCUGGUAAAGUCCAAGUGGGCAAUAUCAGUGAGUGCAGUUCUCACUGUGGUCAUGUCACUCUUCAUGUCUGUUGGUCUCUGCCUUUGGUUUGGCCUGAACCCUACUUUGAAUGGAAGCCCUCUGGUGUCACCACGGUCGUCCUGCCUCCCCAGUGAGAUCCUGCCAUAUCUAGUUGUUGUCAUUGGCCUGGAGAAUAUGUUGGUACUAACCAAGUCAGUGGUUUCAACUCCAGUGCAUGUUGGUGCCAAGGUUCGCCUUGCUCAGGGUCUUAGCAAGGAAGGCUGGUCCAUAACCAAGAACUUACUUACGGAAUUGCUUCUGCUGACCUUUGCUUUCCUGACCUUUGUUCCAGCAAUUCAGGAAUUCUGCAUGUUUGCAGUCGUUGGUCUACUGUCAGACUUCUUUCUUCAAAUGGUCUUUUUUGCUACUGUGCUCUCCAUUGACAUCCAGCGUAAAGAGAAAUCUGACUUGAAGAAGGGAAAGUCGGAAGCAGCAAAUUCAUGGACAGAUGACGAGAAAAACAUAACGAAUGCUGAAAACAGGAGCUCUGUUGGUGUAUUGUACAGAUCUCGGCGUUCCGAUGGCAUUCCUGUGAUGACGUAUGGUGCUGGCCGAACCAUGUCUAGGGUUUUUGCUACGCCCACUUCCCCAAUCUUGAAGCUGCCGAAACGACUUCGUUUGGUCUACUUCUGGGCUCGCAUGCGCCUUAUUCAGAGAGGACUCAUGCUUGGCCUUGUUGUCUGGGUUGUGGUGCUCAUCCAGAGCAUGGGAAUUGUCACGAAGCUUACUGACAACACCACCAAUUUGGGCCCCAACAUUGCCGAGUCAGUGCACCCAUUCUUACAGAUGCUCACUGGCCACAAUGGCUCCGAGGAAGCCUUGGAGGAAGCCCUGUCAUCCCAGUCAUCCUCUUCGAAAGAGACCCUGCCCACUCACCACGAGAAUGCCAACCUGCACCACACUAAUGCCCGUCUCUGGGAGGAACUGCCAACAAAGCACUGGACCACCCUGUUUGGCUACUACAACAUCUCUGUAGCUGGCAGGUACAUAAGCAUCUUGCCACCCAUCUUUCUGUCCGUGCCGGUACCGGCCAGCAGGGCGGUUGAAUUGCGACAUGCGGACGAUCACAAGACUGUCUUCCAUACUAAUUGGCGCAUCAUCCCCAACAUCGACGCAGAGCAAGCAGAAAAUACGGUCAAUGGUCUGAUGCAUCCGGCAAGCAGUGCUGAGGCUACACUGGUGCUGGCUCUGUCCAUUCCAACUGUUCUCUUCAUCGUGUACCUGUUUGUGACCCUUUACCGGUGCAUGUGCUCACGCAACUAUGCUGAAUGGAGGUCCAGUUGGUCCAACUUGUACCAGUCCCGAGACCCUGACACCUUUCUCGUCAUGGAUACCUACCCCAUCGAACUGCAAGGACACAGCCAGGAAAUUGAAUACAUGAUUACCGAGGACAACACGAUAGUCAGCUCUGACCUUGGUGGUGACGUCAGGAUUUGGGACUCCAAUACAGGAGAGUGCAUCAACAUCCUCAAUAGAAGAAGAAGCAGACUGAGAAGACCAAAACAAGAGAACUAUACCCUGCUGCGUGCUAGUGGCAGCUUCUCUUCAGAUUCUACUUACGGUUCGUCACCUACAGAUUCCUGCGAUUUCGGCCUCAGCAGCCAGAUUGGCAAGGACCAUCCACCUGAAUUUUUCGUGGGACAGAGCAGCCCAGCUGGCCUCUCCCCUGGUGUUGCACCCGAGGAUAUUCGCAGCAAGGGAUACGACUUCUCGAGGUUUGUUACACCAUACUUGCAAAUGCCUUCAUCACCCCGAGAAGCUGAGGACCGGGAGUUAGCCAUGCAUCAAGUAAAGGAGUCGCUGGGUGCCGGUGAAGAACCAUCUCUGGUGACGUCAGCUGGUUGUGAUGUGCCAGGCAUUGGGUCCAACUACACAGCAGCAGCCAAUGUGGAGUUCCAGCCCAUCUGGUGCAUGGGCUGCUACAGCCACUGGCUUGUCGUCGGGUGCCAGAAUGGCCGCAUUGAGCUCUGGCACAUGCCCACAGGUCGCCUGUGUGGCGUGUACACAGACAACACUGAUGGAGUAACUGCGGUUACAGUCUCUGGUCACAGAAUCAUUACGUCAAGAAUAAGUGGCAUUUUGGAGUGCUGGCACCUUGAAAUGCAUUGUGACCGGCGAUCAUCUGAUGUGGGAGGGGUUUGGGAGAGUGGAGAGGUGCAAGCUAAGCUGGUGUGGGUGAACAGCGUGCGUGCCCACACUCAACCCAUUUCAGUUGUCUGUGUUGAAGGGGGACAGAUAGUCACCGGCAGCCUGGAUCGCCUGCUUAAGGUGUUUCGCUGUGACACAGCCAUGUGUGUGUACACACUCCAUGGUCAUUCUGGAGGCAUUUCGGCCAUCCACGUCGAAAAGCCAGGUGCUUCAACAGCAGUGAGUGGCUGCCAGGACGGCCUGGUGUGCGUGUGGGACCUGAUGACUGGCACGUGUGCCUACAGCCUGACAGCACACCGAGGGGCCGUCCUGUCGCUGCGCACCACUGGUCUCUACCUGCUCAGCCUGGGAGUGGACUCGCGCCUCCGCAUCUGGGACAAGAGCCAGGGACACCUGCUGCAUACCCUCUACCAGGCAAACACACUGUGCAACACAAUGGCAUUGCUGUCAGAGACCAUUGUCAUCACAGCUAAAGAAGACCACUUGGUUCUGUGGGACUUAAACCAGGGUGAGGCAGUGCAAGUGGUCAUGCUGGGACCGGGCGACUCGGGUGUGGCUGUUCACCAGGUGCAUUGCACUUCGGACGCAGUGGUGUGCGACUAUGGCCACAGCCUGUGUGUGGUCUACUUUCCAGCACUGAGCACCAAGUUUGACUGAUAGACCGGGACUGGGAGAACUCUCCGGUGCCCUUUGCCAAAGAUCUCGUCACGAGGCUGGAGACAGCCGAUAGUGGCCACAAACGCAGACUAAUGUUGACAGGCUGCGCUGUCAGCAUGAAAAACCAGAUUCCGAGCUUGCAUCAUGAGAAUUACCUCACGGUCGAUACUACGUUUGCUUUUUGUUUCACCUGCAUUGAGCCCAAGGAAACAGAAGUCACGUUCGCCAACUUGCCAUGAUGACAGCCAAGUGUGCAGGUUAACACUCCAGCUCCAAGAAAAUGGCAUCGACACCGCUGUGGCCACCGUUGUCAUGUGCCCCUCAGAUGACUGCAUAGCACAUGUUUUCAUCUCAUUAUUUAAUUUUCAUGCUGGCAUUGCAGAUUCUGUCUUCCUCGUUUAUUCCGGUCUCACCUCGUGCCCAUUAAGGUGCAGACAGCGCCAUACUCAUAACUUCUGCAGUCAUUUGUGAGUGUGCCCAGAGUGUGGUCGAUGUCUCCAGAAGACCUACAGAGUCACCGAUGGGAAAGCACAUGACACUUUGCCAAGCACUUUCGACCACUCCACGCAUUGGAUACCACUGCAGGCAUCACCAUCAUCUUCAUAUGUGUGGCCCCAUGCGGCCCUGCGUCAUUGUCGUGUUGGUGUUCAUUCAUCUCCACCUUUGUGCAUCUAUAAGCAGCAAUGGGACACAACUGCGCCCAAUGAGCUUCAAGUGCAUUUGAAAGCACUUCUGAAGCAAUGUUUUUGGGCCCAUUUUUUUUUAACAGCUGAUGCAUCGCAAGAAAGCAGUGAGAGAGAGACAUUUGUUUUUAUGAGUGCUGAUAGUUUUUGAAGGCUCUCAGACAGGUAAAGGUUUGUUGAAAUGUUGCCUAAUGUAGGACAGCAGCUUAUUGUGUUAGAUGCCAUUGCUGCCGUGUCAAGCCUCGCUGACAGUUGUGCAAUUCGUCACUUGCGUGAAGUAAGAAGCAUGUGAUUGUGAAGUUCAGAUAACUCAUCUACUGCAGAAGGAGCGGAGAUACCACUGCGGGCAUUCUACAGCUCCUUAAAUUCAUGAAUACUUAAUUAUUUUUAUUGUAGCUUGUUCUCUCGUGGUGGUUCAAUUCCUUCGCUGACACUGUAUACUGAGUGAUUCGAAUGGGAAGACAUGCAUGCACUAGAAUACACAAGUUUCAUUUGCAUGCUGCAGCUACCAUUUACAAGGGACCUUGUUUUUAAUGCAUUUGUGGACUUGUUUAAAAUUAAGUCUGCAGGUAUGACCAACUUAUUUAUUGCUCUUCUCUUAGUAGCUUUUCACUUUCAUUCUGUCUGUUCUUAGAAUGAGUCGAAGUUGUUUUUGUUCUAUUGUAUGAGUGUAGCUACUGUGUACAUUUUGCAACCAGCAUUUGUCAAGUGUACAUGUAUUGUAGCAUACCUUAUUGUGUUACAUUGUUAUUCCUACUGUGAUUAAGAUCUAUAACUAAAGCUAUUGCUGCACUUAUUGAUAUAUGUGCGUGGCUUUCAACUCACUGGGACUUUAAGUCCUUUGAAGCUGUAUCAUGCUUUUGUGGACCUUGUAAUGUGUCUUGUCAUGCCAUUCAAUGUAUAUCUGUAUUAUGCCUCUUGUUUACUUUCACUCGUGAUUGCAGUGUCUUCUAUUCAAAUGAUUUUACGAAACAGCCAGCCACUUUGCAAAAGAUCCUGUAGUUUGCUUUAACUGUCCUGCAAAGUUUGGGUGUUUGUCAUGGCAUUGGAAUUGCAUAUUGGACUUUUUUUUUACAACCAAAACAAUAUUAAAAGAAAUAUUUAAUCUCUGUAAGGAUGCUUUCUUUACUACUGGUCCCUUCCAUGCAGAAUACACUAGGAAGAUGAGUAGUGGCCACCUUCUGUUUGCUACAAAGGCCCAUGUAGCAAUGGCAGGAUUGCAGAGGAGCAGCGGAGAAGACUGACUCAUAAUUUAAAAGUGCUAUUCAUUUUUUAAGAUAUUCUAGACAGAAUUUCACUUUUUCUCAGUCCGAUUAUGCAACAGUGCACAAAGAGUGCUGGGCUCGACUCUAUCAUGAUGCUUGAUGCUGUCAUGACGCAAAGCAGCUCACACUGCAAUGGGUUGUUGAGACAUCUAAUCCAUCAUUAUGGGCCUGUAUCGCAAGUGAUGGUUCGUCAUCAACAGAUGAGCUUCAUGAGCUAAGAGACAAAUACAGGCGGUAGAACCAGUUUUUUCAAAAAAGAUCAAACAAGGCUGCAAUCAUCACGUGGGAAGCACUUCCAGCGCCCUUCGUAUGUGAUUUUAGAAUAAGAAUGGAAAAAAGAUAAAUUUUCAUUGAUAAAUAUUUCAACAAUGAAUGAUGUUUUUUAAAGUUGCAUAAUUGCUCUCGCAUCCCAUGGUGCCCCCUGUAUUACUGCCAUUCUAAUAUGACCUUUAAAGCUAGUAACUAGAAAUGUUAAUCAGUCCUACUUAAUGAACAGAAUGUGACAGCUACUUGUUCAUCUGUUGUCCACCAUACUGAAAAGACUAGUAGUGAAGAAAGAAUCCUCGUAGUGGUUGAAUUUCUUCUUAAACGAUUUUGAAGAUUAACUGAAAGGAAUAUGUGGUCAUAUCCCACAAUGGAAAUAGAAUUACAUGGUUCAGAACGCUGUGCCUGACUUACACUGAAAUUAUAAUAGAGAUAUGGGCAUGCAAAGAGCAAAUAUAAUUCCACAUGUCCCAAUUCAAGCUGACACUGAGAUUCUAUAAAAGUCCUAGGUCGGCAGAUUUCUUUCUUUCUUUCUUUCUUUCUUUCUUUUUUUUUUUGCUGCAAACAAAUUGCAAGCUGCUUUAUUGUCCCUUGAUUCCUUACUGGAAUAGAGUGCUCCUCAUCAGAGCAGUUUGACAGAAGGAAAGAGGUAAUACUUAAAAAACACGCAGGACAUAAUGUAAUGCAGUGCAGUUCACUUAUAACAAUAGAGUAGAAGCUCAUUGAUAUGUUCCCGUUACGUAUGUUUUCCCAGUUCCAACAUUCACAAUUGAGAACAAAAAAAAAGAAGACCCAAUAGGGCUAAGCUCAUUUUUUUACUGGUUCAUAUGUUCCAAGAAAACACAAAUUUUCGGCACCAACGUUCAGUAUGUCGCCAAACUGCGAUCGUAUGAUAAGUUUUCUGGUUGCUGGGUCUCAUAUAAACAAGAUAUUUGUGAGGCUUGCGGUCGAGAACACUAUAUAGCUGCCUGCCGUGGCAGCUUCACCACAAUACUUGACCGCCCAUCUCACGUGAAAACGCCGGCGCACACUCAGUUUCUCAUUUUGAUACCAGCAAAUCAUUGCCGGGGUCGUUGCAUGCGGCAGUCACAGCUAUUACUGUCAAUCCUAUUGCGAUAAGCAUAUACACCUAUCUGUUUCACAGCGUGCGGUGCUGUCGGUAGCGUAGCACACGCUUUUAAUAGAGGAUAACUGAAACAUGCCGCCAUUCCCUGUGGCAGGCGGUGCGAUGUGGGCAUGACAUUUCGCUUCAGCGGCGUUCGGCGUCGCCCACCAGCUCGAUUUCCUUUCGGUUUCUUGUCGCCCUCUUAAAACACGACACAACGGGAAAACAAAACAUGUCUCGAGCAGUCGGAGCGCACCACCAGCUCCACUGGCGUCGGCGCCUCGUGCUGCAGUGAUCCGUGUGACGCUUUGCAUUACUUAGAUGUCAGCAGGUAAUUGAGUCUGUCAAAUAUUUUCCGAUACUUCACAUCAGACAUUUUCCCGGAUAGUAUGUUUUUUCUUGCGUCUUUUUUCCAAGACGUAUGAAUGAGGUUCUACGUAUUCACAAAACUUGACAAUCAAAUAGUUGUAAGCAAUCAUCAUUGUAUCUAGACUAGUCUUAGAACUCUGUGUAAGGGCAUUAAAAAAAUUUUGAAGUCAAAACUCAACAUGUUUAGUGCCAGCAACAUUGCAGCCCGCAAAUUUGUGGCUGUGCCACACAGUACGUGGGCAAAUGAAGUCCAAAAUGUGUGCUUGCUUGUCCAGCAGGCAGCGCUUGACGCUAUCGUAAAUAUCCGUUCACGUAAGUUCUCUGGACUGCAUGAAAUUAUCUGCCAUAUUGCGGAUUUAACAUAGGGAACUCGUCUGCCAUGGUAAUACUCUAUAUAUUAUGUCAGGAUCAUUUAGUUAAUUGAACUUGUUUAUUUAAUUUCUUGUGACACCUUGAACACCUUUUCCCUAUCUACCAUUUCAUCAUUGCAUCCACUAUUUAGCACUAGCCACAUCAGUUUAUCCACUCAAAGCAAAGUUAAUCUUGCUUGAAUGGAUAAUUACAAGCUGUAUAUUGUCUUAUAUGGUAUUAACAUAAGUGAAUUGCACUGUAGGGGAAAAGAUCACCCAUCAGUUAUCAUCAUCUAUUGUUUUUUCACUGGUGAAACUGUGCUUCCUUUGGUCAGAAUGUUGGAUGCUGCUGGACUUGAAGCACCUGGCUUAGGUUCAUGUAGAUCACCUGUUAAAAAGAACAUAGCUCCUAUUGACUGAGAUUGUGUGUGUUUGUUUACCAGAUUUUCAUUUGAAGAGAAAUUUGGAUUAAUGGGAUUACGAUGUACAAGCUUUAGAGUGUGCAGGUACUGUUUUCAGGUUUGCCUGCAUGCAUGAACUGCGGCAAUUCAAGUGUGUGAAUAGGCAGCAGUUCAGUGUCUCUCAGCUGUGCAAAAAUUUUUUUGCACUCUUCUUGUCACAUUCUCAGUACACAUUUGGCUUUGUGAGCUCAUUGUGCUUCACUGCUUAUCCUGGUCUGUGAUGUGUACAUGAUAAGUGCAGCAUAUUGUGCAUUCCUGUGUCUGGUGUAAUGUGCAUGUUCCUGAAUAAGGGUUGAGUGCUGAGGUAUUUCUGCUACACUGAUGUUUGGCAAAGCUAGUGUCCACGUGAUAAAGGUUAAAAAAGAAGUAUAAUUUCAGAAAAAUAAGCCGUACACCUGCUCAAAUCCUCCAAUUUUCAUUGUUUUGUUACUUGGCUAGUUAUGUCUUUGUCUGUUGAAUGUCUGCACCUAUUAAAGGGGCCCUGAACAACUUUUUAUCAGUCACGAAAUACGUUUGAAGUUAAAAGAGGCUAUUUCAUAAAUACUUUGUCACAAAAACUACUUCAGUGCGUUCAGCAGAGUUAUUGGCAAUCAAAGGCUGCGUAUGAUCCCCAUCACGGUGCUCCCAUGCCUUUUUUUCAAUUCCUUGCACUGCGAAGGCUAUGGUGGAGCGUGGCACGUCUACAAUGCUCCGCCUACUGAAUGUCACCGUGGAGCACAGUUCGAACUUGAUUUUAGAUGUUCACGUAGACUCCACUAUUUCUGAUUUUGGUGCCUACGACGCGCCAAAUGCAGUUUUCAGUGAGCCUCAAUGCGCUCAGCGAGCAGACUUGUCACGGCAACUGUGGUGUCUAUGCUGCACAGCAGACCACAGCUUCAUGCAAUUGUAGUGCAUAUACACAGCAUUUGCUCUGUGCACGACAAGGCUUGAGUGCGCGCUCCCACUCAUGUACUCCAGUCUGGCCAUGCUGUUUGGCGCAGGCUAGCUUUGUCCUGCACCAGCUUGGCCGAUAGAUAGCAGCGACAUCCAACUUGAGCAUUUUGAAGUGCUGUCAAUAGCUCAGUGCAAAGCAAAGUGUGCCAUAGCAUCUAGCCAGAAGCAGUUGGGAGUGAGUGUGCACUCACAAGCCUGUGUGUGGUCUGACCUUAAGUUUUGCGUGGUUUGAGGACAGUUGAGCGUUCAAAACUAGUCGAAUUAGCAAGACCCAACGACUACGACACUGAUAAGCAGGGUGUCCAAAAAUAAAAUUUUGUGCCGGUGGCUACGGCUGAGCGUGAGCUGACAACGGUCGACUUCUUCCGGAAGUACGUAAUUCUUAUCGAAAUUUGAAAGCAGAUUUCUGGAUUAUUAAACUGCAUCAAUAAAUAUACGCAGUAACUAGGAAGAAGUGCAACCCGCUGUGGUUGUUUGUGGCUAUGGUGUUGGGCUGCUAAGCACAAGGUCGUAGGAUUAAAUCUCAGCCACGACAACGAGGUUUUGAUGGGGGCGAAAUGCAAACACCUUUGUGCUUGGAUUUAGGUGCAUGUUAAAGAACUCCAGGUGCUCAAAAUUUUUGGAGCCCCCCGCUAUGACGUGCCUCAUAAUCAGAUUGUGGUUUUGGCACAUAAAACCCUAUAAUUUAAUUUUAAUUGAGAAGUGCACUGAUCCAAACACCCUUCUUGAUUGAUGUCAGCUGUUGGCCAAUAGCAGCCAUGAAUUUGAAUCUGCGAUAUGAUGAAAUAUAGCUACCCGAAAAGAGCAAGAAGAAUUCAGUUGAAAAGAGAGUUUGAGAAAAAGGUGUCUUCGCACUCCGCUUGCAAAGUUACGCUCCGUGCACGACUGCAAAAUUUGUGGGAUAUGUUCACAGCAGCAUAUGCUAUCAGCAGAUUGUGUUUUUCCACCAAGCCCAAGGGGUGGUUCAGAACCCCUUUAAUUGCCCUAGUAAAGUUAAACCUCAAUGUAAUACACACUGAUGUAAUGAAUUAUCAGAUAUAAUGAAUUGUUGGAUAUAACAAAGUAAAUGUAAAAUUUCGUUUGCCUUGCUUUAUUUGUGUAGGUUCAUGUUCUGCUGCUUUUUUUUUCUUUUUGUGUGCAGCUCUUUAAAUGUAUUAGGCUAGUAGCAAAAAAUUCAAAAUUCUGAAAAGCAAAUCGUAUAAGCAUGGGUGAGUCACUCAACACAGAAUAGGUGUUCUGGAUGCUCGCACUUUACACACAAACAUCUUACUGGACUUACCUCGAGCAAAGGCUCAGGACGUGGUCCUUUGUGACACAGGAGGUGCUACUUGUGGGUGGAAACAAUUGCCAGCACCAAUAUUUGUGAGCGUUUUCCUAACAGAUACAUUGCAUAGAAUGGGCAAAAUCUCGCUUUUAUUGCAACAUCAUUGCAUUGAGGUUAGACUGUACUAUAUUCUAGAACACCAUAGUACUUUGAAUCUGCAGCUGUUACUCAUAUUGUCAUGUUCUACAUGAAUGCAUGCUGUGACUGAGUGCCUUCUCAUGGCAGCCACAAUCUACAAGUUAGAAGAAGAAAACAGUUUUGUUCAAUUACCAUUUUGAUGAUAGUAUUUCACAUAAAUAGAUUUCUGUAUAAUGGAUUUAUAAUGACAAAUUAUUUUCUUGCAUAAUACCAUAUGUAUAUAAGAUCUGGCACCAGAUUUGCACCAUUUUCAGAAAGUAGCACUUUUUAAAGGCUGGCUGUAGAAAGUAUUGAGCUAUGCAGGUGUUCACUGCUUGUUUUAAGACACACCUUUGGCAUGUUUGUUUUGUGUGCGUGUGUGUGGGUGUGCGCGUGCCUGCGCGCGCGCACGCACGACUACAGAGCAUGGGUGAAAAACGUAUUCACGUUUUUGCAUGCUGCUAAAUGGGCAUUAGUAACAAAACUAUCAACCCAGGCUCGGCACUUAGAAUUGUACCAUAAUGACAGGUUCGGAAUAAUGACAAAAUACAGGUUUAGGGCUUCUUCUUUAAUUGUGUUGUAGAAGAAUUACAGUGGGCUACUGCAUAAAGAAUUGGAGCUAAACCUGAGGGAAGCUAAGACUAUGGAGGAAAAUACGAGCUCAAAGGACUUCGAGUCCUGCUUGUCCUGAUUUUGCAUCUUAUUUGUAGCAUGGGCUUCGUUUAUCUUUUUUGUCAUGCGCAUGCCAAACAGUGUUCAUGUUGUGAGCAUGUGCUUUUUCCGGUGUACUGAGAAAUAACUUAGAAGCUUUAAUCUUCUAUGCAAUGCCUUCAGGCACCUGAGGUUAGUAACUUUACGGAGUCCCUCUGGUGUUAUGGUGUACCUGGUACAGCUUGGCGCUGACCAUGGGAGGAAGUGUUUCAGUAGCAGUGAAGUACAGAGGUGGCCACGUGCCAAGACCCCUGUGCAUGGAAAUUCAGUAGGUCAUGUAAAUUUAUUGCGAGGAACCUUUCACUGUUGAUUCUUGUUUUCAACCUCUCUGUCAAUUUCACUCCCAAAGCCCUGCACAUGGUUUAAUUUAGCGAGAUGGUUUUUCUGUUUCUUUCUUUGUUAUUUCUGCUUUUAUUAGUUCACCGAGCACAUCCUUCUAGCAAACGUGUUAGCCACCGACGACCUGUAACAUUGCCUUUGCCUUGCAUGAUUCAACAUGUUGAAGUUGAAUUAAAUUUGCGCAGACACAUUGGUUGCAUUGUUGGAAAAACAGAGCUAUUUUGCUGCAGUGUAUUUUCUGUGUCUCAUCAUGGCAGGACAUCAAAUUGCAUUUGUGCAGACUGGUUUUUUACUCAUAAUAAAUUAUAUAUAUUGUAUGCUUCAA